ACUCAUAGCAGAUGUAAGCCUCAACUCUACAGAAUUUAAUAGCAAAAACAACCACAGCCUGGGAAGGGCUGUAGAAUUAUUUGCAUCAGCUUGAGAAGAUUUAUCAACUUUGAGUUCUGUCCAGAGGGAAAAGCUUCCGAAGAAUGAAGAUAUUGAUAAUGAUUGAUUUUGUCCUUGCAGCUAACUUCAUGGAUGCCACUGGCAGUUCUGAUCUACAGAACUGUUUUCAAGAGCAGAUACGACUUCAGGGCCAAGUUAGGCUUCUGGAACAUCGUGUGAAACAGCAGGAGUUAAAAAUUAUACGGCUUUUAGAGAAGAAAGAGAUUCAGUACAGUGACAGAGGAGAUGAAAAGAGUGUCAUUGACUUGGGAGGAAAAAGACAGUAUUCAGAUUGUGCAGAAAUCUACAAUGAUGGCCAUAAGCAAAGUGGAUUUUAUAAGAUGAAACCUAUCCAGAGUCCUACUGAAUUCCUUGCCUUCUGUGACAUGUCUGAAGGGGGUGGUUGGACUGUUUUUCAGAGACGUUCUGAUGGCAGCCAGAAUUUUGAUAGAGUCUGGACUGACUACGAAGAAGGAUUUGGAAAUUUUGUUUCAAAAAAUGGUGAAUAUUGGCUUGGAAAUAAAAAUCUUCAUUAUUUGACUAAUCAAGGGAACUAUACUUUAAGAAUUGAUCUAACUGAUUUUGAAGGAGAACGGCGGUUUGCACAAUAUGCAAGAUUCAGAGUUGCAGGUGAAGAGUAUUCUUAUGAGAUGAAUUGUGGUGAAUACUCUGGUACAGCUGGUGAUUCCCUUACUGGUGGAUUUCAUCCUGAAGUAAAAUGGUGGGCUGAUCAUCGAGGAAUGAAAUUCAGUACUAGAGACAGGGAUAAUGACAACUAUGAAGGCAACUGUGCUGAAGAGGAAAAUGCUGGCUGGUGGUUUAACAGGUGUCAUUCUGCCAACUUGAACGGUUUGUACUACAAGGGUCCCUAUACUGCAAAGACAGACAACGGGAUCGUUUGGUACACUUGGCAUGGGUGGUGGUAUUCUCUGAAAUCUGUUGUCAUGAAGGUCAGACCAGCAGACUUUGAACCUAAUAUUGUUUAAGUAUUUUAUUAAAACGAUUUAUCUGGUUAAUUUUUCAGCAAAUCAGUCCAAAUUAAAACAGACGGGCAAGUUUUUGCUUCUGAUCUAUGCAUAUAUAAAUCUGGAAUAAUUUCUCUGUAACCAGUAGUUUUAGGAGAUGUAAACGAGAAGAAAAUAUGGCUUAUGAAUCUGUAUACAAAUACUUACACUACUGUGUGUACAGGCUUUUUUGAAAAAGGCAGACAUUCACCUAGGAAUAAGGACAUCUUCAUCAACAUGGAGAAUUUUUAGCUUCUGCAGUAACUAAAAAUCCUUUCACCUUUAAAUAAAACAGUAUUGUCACAGUGUUGACUCAAAAAUUAAAAUGAAUUGUACUUAUUACAACAAAAAACUAUUUAAAUGUAAGUGUAAGGCUGGUUUACUCAGUAGACGGAACAUACUUUCUUUAGAAUGGCUCAAGGCUUUGGAAGUGAGCUGCCUGUAAAUUCCUCUGAUUUAUUUGUUGCAUGUGUUGUGUACAUAGCACACAUAGUAAGUAUAAAGAAUGAGGCAGGGAACUGAAGGAAGAGAAGGGAUGCUACCAGGCUAGAAUCAAUUGAACCCAGUGUACAGAAGUGGAUUGUCUGUUAUUGCUGAGCCAUUUCUAGGGCUGGUCACAUCACUAAAAUCUGACAUUUUUAGAUGGUCAGUAGUUAUGUGUUUCUUCUUCUUGGUAAUCACCAUUAUACUUUUUUUUUUUUUUUUUAAUAACAAAACCCGAUCUUUAAGGUAUUGACAUUUAGAAUUUACCAAAAGGCUAAAUAACAAAAGCUGCAACUAAUUUUAAUGGGACCUAUGCUGCGAACAUAACGCAUGUGUAGAGGGAAGUGUAUUUUAUGUGCAACUAAAACCUGGCAUUUUAGAGGCUCUUAGCACUUGACUCUAUAUAAAUUUUUACUUUCUUUAUGUAUCUGUCAAACUGCACAACUCUCCAAAUUCAGAUGUCUUGUUCAGUCACUUCAAAGUGGUUCUGAUUCUAGGCCUAUUACCUUCUUCUUUUCCACGCUUUAGUAAAUCCCUGUACCCCUGCAAGAGAGGACCAAUGGAAAGCUCUACAACUGCUUAUUUGGAGCCUUGUUUGAUCAGUUAAACUAAAUUAAAUUCUGUAUCUGACAGGAAGGCAUACCAGCCUGUGUGUGUGUGUGUAUACAUAUGUACUUACAUACAGAUAUGUAUGUUCAGCAUUCAACAUUAUAACAGAACAUGUGAUGUGCAUUCCUAUCCAAUUUUAUUACAGAAUUUAAAAUGGGUUCCCAUGUAACUCUAUGAGCAGCAAUGUAAGUAUAGAUCAUUAAUAAUAUGAUGGAAGGUUUGGAAUGGUUUAAAAAGAUGUCGUUAGUACAGUAUUUCCCAUCAUAAUUUUCAAUUUUUUUUUUUGCUACUUUUAAGAGAAAGAUUUAAUUCCUUGCAAAAACAUGGGUGUCAUUAUGUAGAAAUUGCAAAAACAUCCUUAGCUUUUCACAGGAAAAUGGAAAGAUUAGCUCAUUUAUUUGUGGAGUAUCAAGACACAUCUUAUUCCACAUAAUUAAAAUAAAAGACAUGGAGGAUUUAAGUACAGCAAAGCUGGAUCUCUAGCACACACACACAAAAGACUCUAACCAUGUGCAUAUUGUGCUUGUAAAAUUGCAGCAAUUUUUUCCUUUGCUGCAGCAUAAAUCCAUCCUCUACUUAGGAAAAUACUAAUGAAAUCUUUCAGCUGAGUUAGGGUGCUUUUGUCAUAUUCUGACAUAAAAAUGGACUCCCUUUCUCUGUUGGAAAUCAUAAAUGAGGGAGGAUUAAAUCUUCAUUUUUACAUUUUACAAUGCAUUUAUAUUCAGCCUAAAGGACUGAAUGCUCUUUAGAACAAGGACUGUGAUAUACUAGCUGUCUAAAAUGCAUCCGGUAUACUGCUAGCAACGUGAAAAUACAGUAUUCUUGCCACCUUCCUAUGGCCUUUCUUUAUGUAAUAAAUCUUUUUGGCCACAUGAAAAACAUGUCAAAGUGUUGUAAUUCAAAAUGGUCAUAUAAUUGUUCUCAAAUAAAGAAACCCCUUAUUUUCAAAAGGCAAGUUUAAAUAGCUACUACGCAAGACAGUAGACCUUGGAAGAGAAUUCUUUAGCUGGCUUGCCUGUUCUUAUUAAUUUAUUUCUUCAACAGGUAUGAACAUGUUCUAAGGUAGUCUUUAUUUUUACAAGAUAGCAGAACAAAGGCCAGGCGUUAGACAGAACAACAUAAUAACUCCCAAAUAGUUGAGAAUGAAUACAUACCAUUUGAUAUAAAUCAUAUAAUGCAACAGGAGAAGAAUCAAGACAGUAACAAGGAAAAUGUUUGUCAGUCAUGAUUUAAUAAAGAACAUAAUGAUAGCUACCAUCAACAUGUAAUCAGAAAUACAUCUUACUGUAAUAUCUGUUCAAGGGAAACACCUUUCUAUCUUCAGUUGAAUAUUUCUCUUUUCUUCCAUUUGCUAAACAUAUCAGACAUUAAAAGAAUGGAAACUACAAGCCUAGAUGAUUUAAAAGAUCAGUGAAAAAGC